AUGGAUGAAGAUUUAUAUAUAAAUGGAAGAAGUGUAAAUACAUUAAGACAUUAUGAAAUCAAGAAAAUUCUAGCAAGGAAAGGUGCUCAAAUGGAAAGAUGUCCUAGAAAGAGACCGUUGUAUAAUCGACUGGUAGAAAUAUUAAAGAAAACGGGAAAUGAAAAUAAAAUUGAAAAUAAAAUAAAAGAUACCAUAGAAACUACCAGUGCUACAAUAGGUGAAGUAAUAGAAACAACUACAACCAAUAGAACACUAGAAAAACCAUAUCCUUCUGGGAAUAAAAUAUUGGGCAGUUAUUCGAAAAAAUAUAAUAGUAAUAAUCAUACACCAACAAGACCAGUUCUAAACUCCAGUGAACUAACCGGACCUAAUAACAGUUCUUAUGAUAAUAAUUCAAAACAAUUAUCAGUUCAAAAUUUUAAUAAAAUAAAAGCCGAAGUCAGUAUAAAAGAAAAAAGAAAUUCUGAAAUAGAAAAGGAAGAAUUUGAACCAGAGGUUGAAUCUAAUCAAUUAGAAAAAAAAAAUUAUCAGGAAAACUAUAAUAAUAAUAAUACUACUAUUAUCAAUAUUAAUAAUAAUAAUGACCAACUUAAAACAUUAAUAAUAAUACUACUACUAUUUUUUAUAAUGUUUAUAAUGAUAUUGAUAGAUAAUGAAAAAUAA